CACAUUUAAAGCUGUGUCAAGAGAAAGUGGUCUUUCAAUGGCUGUGGUCCCACAACAGGAAGUUAUAGUUUAGAGCUUUAAUUUUUUUGAAUUGUUUUUAAAUUAUACACCAUAAGAGCCUCAAACUCGGGGUGCUUUUUUUGAAGUGUAAGUUUAUGGAAACGUGACGGUUUGGAAUAGAAACGUAUUAUCAAACCUAAUUUGUGACAUGUACAUCCAUCAUCUACCGCUUUAUCCUGUGUUGCUUUUAUUGUGAAAUCGCCUCUUACACAGUGUCACCGUCACACAUCCACCUAACUCUAAACAGUGUUGUGUCGUGCCUGACUGCGGUCGUCUCGUCACAGUCGCUGCGCUUUUGUCACGGGUUGUCAUGACGACAGCGUUGCGGCGCUCGAGUCUGCAAAGGCAUUCACGGCCUCUGCACUUCCGUGAGAGCCAGACGGCUGAGAAGCAGAAGGAAAACUGUUGAGCAAAGUUUAUUUUUGCGGAGUGUUUGUGAACGAAGGUGGAGAAGUCUGCCUCAUUUUGGUGAGUGGAUUAAGUGUGCGUGUGAGAGAGUGUUUGUGUCUUUGUAACUCGACUAAAAACUCUCUACAUCACACAUGUAUAUGUGAUAUUUAGUUCAUUUCUGUUCUUUAUUAAUAGCCAUUAAUCACCAUGGAGUAGCCUGCAUGUACAAAGUGAACAAUGGCAACAGACAAGACACCAGAGAGGAGACUCACUGAUGUCCUGUUAGAUAUUAGUGAGGAGACCUUUGUGAAAGAACUGGAGCCGCCUGACUACCACCGUUACUCUGGUCUGGAAGAAGCAGUCUGUGGUUGGGCCAGAGCUGCUCCACUGAGCUGCAUUCUUUCGACCCAACACAAAUACAGACGACCACCGAAUGAGGCAGCCGACAACCCGGAGCCCUCGUCUGUUGACCCGGAGAGCUCAGCCAGCAUUGCAGAGCAUCGCUGCGGGUCGCAGGCAGGACGUCGUUACACCCUAAAGAAAUCCACGCCGUUAGAGAAGCACGUGGAUUUACUGAGCGACACUGUUGUGGCGCCUCUGCGGCUAGACGCCCCAGAGCGGCCCGUCUUCAGUGCCACGCAAGGGGAAGAAGGGACUCUCAGAGAGACGUCUUUGCAGCGUCACCACCCGUCCUCAAAAUACUCUGAUAACAGACUCACCAAGCCUCACAAAAACAACCCCAGACACAGUAACACCAUGAAAAACAGCCACAAGCCCACUAAUACUCUGGUGCCCAUAACAAACUUCACAUUCUUCCCACCAAUCAAGCCCCCACACCUGGAUGCCAAGAUUAAGGGUCACAGUGGUAAGAAGGCUCCAGAGGGAGAAAUGUUUGAGGAAGACUGGUUCAUGUUUGGUAAGAAGAGUGACACGAGCGAUGAGUUUCAUAGUUACACUGCAGCACUGACCUCCAUACACCGGACAUGUCAGCAUAAGCCUCUCCUGUUCUCCACUCUUAGCGUCGCUCUCCCCAAAACAUCAUGCUGUAUGAGGCCUGUGAAAUAAAACUGGAAUUAUCUGAUGAGAAGUAAUAUGUAGAACUUAAACAUCUCAGGACAUGUAUACCUCAAUGUUCUUCAGUUAAUCAUUGCACAGGUCCUUCAUUUGAGUUUCAAUACUUACAUUAACACACUCACCACAACAGUCAAGUGAAAAGAAGAAGAAGAAGCUUCGGCCAUUUGUGGCUUAUUUUGUUCCAACCACUUACCACAAGUGUUGUUUUUUCUUCAGCUGUUAAAGUUGCCUUGUAAGUCUGCCUCCCUCACACACCUCAACUCAAAGCUACACUGAAGCUCUGUAUGAAAUGUACCACUGUAUUGUGCUAUAGCUUCUGUCUAUACGUGAUAUAAUCAAUGGCCAAACUACUGUAUAUUGUAUCACUGGUUGAAAUUGUUACUUUACUUUAUUAUUCUACCUCUUUUUUUGUUGAGCUUUCCUGUAAAAUUAGACAAAAUUAACUCUCUUAUAUAACAGUGACUGUGUUUACAUGUACACUAGUAAUCUAACUAUUGACCAUAUACUGUUAUUAUUGCAAUUGUGUUUACAUGAGUUGCUAAUAAAAUAUUCCAUUCCAUAGUA